UUCCAGUGGGUGCCCAUCUCCGAGAGACCUACCUGUCCCAUGCCACGCAAACAGUCUGGGGAAGUGGAGGGCCCCGCCAAGGGCAAAGCAGAGGAAGGAGAGCAGCCCCCCAAAGGAGACGGCGAACCCAAAAGCAACAGAAGCCCUGGCUCGGAGUCACGGCGAAGCAACCAGUCCAGCCUGGGGCGAAAACAGGGCAAGAAGAGUCAAGCUGACCCCUAUGCCGCUGCUAUUAAGACCUACUCGCCUUUCCUCAAUACCGUCUUUGGCAAGGAAAGGGAGCUUUCCCCAUUAGAGCUGGAUGAACUGCUAGAUGCCUUCAAGGAGUUUGACACUGACCAGGACGGCUACAUCAGUUACAAGGACCUGGGAGAGUGCAUGCGAACCAUGGGCUACAUGCCCACUGAAAUGGAGCUUAUCGAGAUCUCCCAACAUAUCAAAAUGCGCAUGGGCGGGCGGGUGGACUUUGACGACUUUGUAGAAAUGAUGGGUCCAAAGCUGCGUGAGGAGACUGCUCAUAUGGUGGGCGUAAGGGAACUGAAAAUCGCCUUCCGUGAGUUUGACACAAAUGGAGAUGGAUCCAUCAGUGGGACAGAGCUGCACCAGGCUGUGACUGCCCUACUGGGAGAGCAACUCAAUACCCAGGAGGUGGAUGAGAUGCUGCAUGAUGUUGAUCUCAAUGGAGAUGGAACUGUGGACUUCGAUGAGUUUGUGAUGAUGCUGUCAAGCAGGUAACCAGAUCUGGAAAGGAAGGAGUCGUGUCGUCAUUCCAGUACUACUAAUCCUUUCAGGUGACCAGAAGAGAAAUGGCUGCCCUUUGAUGGCUCUUCACCUCCUGGGGACUGUGGAAGAUCACCCCACAGAAGACUGAAUUGUCUUCUCUGAAGCUUGGAUCCUUCAAAGGCUUCCUUGGAAAUCAUGUAAAAAGCAUAUUUACAAGUGUAAGUCUACCUCCAAGAGGUGCAAAGUAUCUUACAAGUGGCAUCCAAGAGAAGGUGUCCUUCCUAGAACAAAUCGGCUAGGCCAGACCUUGGGAAUUCUCCUAGGAAUCUCUUCACUCUUAAAUUGAGGAGUAUCCAACAUCUGUAUGGCUGGGGGCAAAAUCCUCAGGCAUAAUCACUCCAUAAUUCCAACCAUAAUCAAAGACCACUGGAUCUUUUUUUUGUAUCCAGGUUUUUGGAUGAUCCAAAGCCUUCUUCAUGAGUUCAGAAUUUUUCAAGAAUACAACUAAAAUAAUUAGCAUUCACAUCAUCAUUUCCAAUAUUCUGUGUGGUAAAAUCUGUCUCUCUCAGGGACAAAACUAACAAAUGGCUGAAAGUCCGCUUUGUGGGGGCUUUAGGAAGGAAAGGAGCCCUUCAAUUCAUCCCACCCACAACCUAUCAUCAUUGUGGACUGUAGGGAUGUAUGUAAAAUACCAGUUGAACCAAAGUCACACUAACUUUUGCUGAACAGACAGAACAAUCUCAUGCCAGGGAGAGAUUUCUGUGAGUAUCCCAUUUGCUAUGUAUUUCCCCUAAACAGAAAAGGCUCCGCCAGGAUCUUAUUCCUGAAACCCCAACUUCAUAACUUAUGUAAGCACUAUUUAAAUCCUGCUGUCCCCAAUGCCAAGAGCUAUCUGGGCGCUGUGCUGCAAAGCAGAAGGGAAGAGAAACCACAGUCCAUAGCAGCAGAGUGCAUAGCCUUCACAUAGAUGUCCCCAGACUAAGUCAUCAGCAUCUCCAAACCAGAAAGGUCUCAAUUAGCAACAGCAGUUAUGAUACUCAGAGUAUCACAAGCAGAGCAGUCAGCAAUGGGCCUUGCUUAGCUGGUCUGAGCAUAGAAUAAUCUCAUAUGUAAGCUAUUGGAGGAAGGAUAAGGAACAACAUAAGCUACUUAUUUCCUCUUCUUUUCCUCCCUGGAGCAAUAUUAGGAGUGUGCCGUAUUCACAUCCACAUGCAGAAUCAGACCUCAUCUAAACUCUUUUUGCCUCAGAGGAAGGCAGAGGCAAACAUCCUUUGAACAAAUGUUGCCAAAGACCCGUUAUAGGGUCACCGUAAAUUGAAAAUGACUUGAAAAUACACAACAAUGACAAUUCUCAGUGUCCAAAUCUGUUUCUUGAAGACACCUAAUGCCACAGAUUGUAUCCAGACUUCAUCCCAUUUGUUAUGAAUAUAACAUUUAUCUCUUAUAACUGUCAUGUCCUUUCCUGUUGUGCCAGAAGGAACAAUUCUCCAAAAUAUAUGGCAUUCCGCAAGCCUCAAACAGCUUUUGUUAGGAACAGAAGAUAAAACAUACUAUCGGAGAGUGGAAUUCCAUCCAAAAGCCCUGAAAUAAUAAUUGCCCAGUGCUGGAGGAACACUUCUGUGUGUACUCAUGUUUGCUCUACAGCCAGAUUGGAACAGAGUAAAAAUAGCAAGUACAGCUAAAAAAAAAAGGGCAAAGUCUGCAAAGCCUCAGAAUGCUUUUCCUUGCCCCCUGAAGCUUUGAAAUGCUUGAGGGAUUCUUUUGAGUCCUGGUAGGUUCUUUCCCAAAUCUUGCCUGCAGAAUCUGAAGGGAAAAUUCCAGUUAACUAUGAGUCACCACCUAGAUUCUGGCAGGAUUAAAGUACUGUUUGAGAGCUGAAUACCCCCCCCCCCUCUCUCUCUCUCUCUCUCUCUCUCUCUCUCUCUCUCACACACACACACACACACACACACACACACACACACACGACACAAAAGAUUAUAAUCUUAUCCUUCCCAACAGCCCUGGUAGAGAACUAUUUGGGGGGAGGCUGUACUAAAAACAUGGUUGGAUUGCAGAAUGUAAAUCUAGAUUCGUGCAGUCACUCUACUGGAAUACAAUCACUUUCUCAAAUGCACUCAACUGGCAUCAAAAAGCAAACCUCAAAACUAUCCUGCAGACUAUCCCAGUGCAAGUUCUUUGGAUGAAAGCUCUGAAGACUAAUGCUUAAAGGAAUUACGUAUUACAUGGCAUAAACAUUAGAUAAAAGCUACCUUCAGCAAUAAACUGUGGGCUGAUUAAUUUGAUUGAGCGACUGAUCAAAUGAUUGAUUGUAUAAGGUUCCUAAGUAGGUCAUACAACAGAGGCUUAUGGAUUUACAUUUGCUCCCUGUGAUAUGUUGCCAUAUUCAAAACUUCUUCUGCAGUGCAGGUUGGGACAAUGUCUUUUUCUCUGUCUUCAAAAAAGCUGCUUUCUUCUCAUAGUAGGCUGCUUCAUUGAUGAAAACUGGGUAGGUGAUGUUAUCACUCUCAUAUAGAAUAUCCUCCCCAUCGAGAGUCUGGAAAAUGGGGUGCCCAGGCUGCAGGGGAUGGAAAUCUUUAUCCUAAAAUGAAUGGUUUAGGUAUCAGUAAAAAAUAAUGUUUAAAAAAACAGCCACAAGCCCCACCCAUGACAAGCACUUCAGUGUGUUCUCUGCAGCAUCUUAUGAAGAAGCAACAAUGAGUUUUCAUUCUAAAGAGGGUUCGCCACUAUCUCAAGGAACAGUAUCAAAGUUACCAUUGUUUGAGCUUCAACCCAAUGUUAUUGAACUAUGACUCUUAUCAUUCUCAGCCAGCAUAGUAAAUGGUUAUGGCUGAUGAUGAUGGGAACCGGGCACAAAAUCAUCUUGAGAUCCUAAGUUGGGAAAGGCCGUGCAAAUAGAACAGUUGAUGGACCUUGGGCAAUUGUUCGGAAUGAAUUUUUGGUACACAUGGUUUUUCUCUCUGUGUGUUAUGCUACCUGAUGUAUCUUCCCAAACUUUCAUCUUUGCCAUGUUAUAGAAGUCCUGAUUCUUCUUGCAUUGUGCAGCAGCUACAAGAAUGCAUAUCAAAUUACCAGGGUUUCCUCCUACACAUAUGCACACAGGUUUUUACUUCUAUUUCUUUCAUUCUUUGACACCUACCUGCAGUUUUGGGUGCACCACAGCAGAAAUCUCACCAGUGGGAUCACGAGGGAAGUCUACAGAUCCAGUAAACUUGUAUGCUUCACUUUCAAAGGAAGGGAAUAAAGUACCUGACAAAAGGAGAUGGAAAGAGCAGGAGUCCUACUUGUGUCUCAGUUUUCACAGUACAUUAGGACAAGGAUGGGAAUCCUUGCAGUUGGAUUCUACCCCUCCCAGUAUUCCUUGCUGUCACUGCUGGAAGUUGUGGUCCAGCCACAUCUAAUAGGAUAUAUGAUUCCCACUCCUGCAUUACAGCAAGAGUCAGCUUCUACCCUCUACUAUUUAUAGGUAAAGGUAAAGGUUUUCCUGACAUUAAGUCUAGUCGUGUCCGACUCUGGGGAUUGGUGCUCAUCUUCAUUUCUAAGCUGAAGAGCCAGCGCUGUCCAUAGACACCUCCAAGGUCAUGUAGCUGGCAUGACUGCAUGGAGUGCUGUUACCUUCUUGCCGGAGCAGUACCUAUUGAUCUAUUCACAUUUGCAUGAUUUCAAACUGCUAGGUUGGCGGAAGCUGGGGCUACUAGCAGGAGCUCACUCCACUCCCCGGAUUCGAAUUGCCAACCUUUCAGUCAGCAAAUUCUGCAGCUCAGUGGUUUAAUCUGCUGCGCCACCAGGGGCUCCCUACUAUUUUUAGUCACUGCCUAAAUACCCUAAAAGCACCAGAUCCCUUCUGAUCUUGGAAACUAAGCAGAAUCAGUCCUACCAAGACUACCAACAAAUACCAGGUACUGUAGGCUAUAUUUCAGAACAAGUAGCUGGCCUUCUGUAAAACAAACUUAUAAACUCCAGCAUUACAUUGACAAGCAAUUUGCAGGCACAUUAAUGUAGACACACACACAAUUUUUAAUCAUACUAGCUGCUUCAUUCAAGCAAAGAAUCAUAUAAAGGAACCACAGCGACAAAGUGUCACAGACCUUGCUUUAGAUAUUUGCUUAUUUGUUAUGAUGGUCUCAAGGUGCAGAUGGAGGCCAUUCCUUUUAUUGGCCUUAACGGGAUUUGAAACAAAAGCAGUUAAAGUAAUGCAAUAAAAUGGCUUCUCCAUUAGCAACAAUAAAGUAUGGCAUUAUCAGAA